CAGUUGACAGGGCAAAACACUGCAGCUGGUCAGAGGAGGGGAAAAGAGCAGACAUGGACCAUCAUCGGGUGGACAGAGUGGGCCUGCUGUCUCCUCUGGAGGAGUCCAGCGCGGAGAUCAGUAGGGACAGCGGCAUCGUGUCUCAGAGCGCCAGCAGCCUGUCCAUGGUGAGCGACCUGUCCAGCAGCGGCACCGUGUCCCAGAGCCCCAGCUUCGGAGCGGCAGCCGCGGCUAACGUUGUCUCCCGGAGCCCGAGUCUGAGCCAGGCGGCGGGGGAGCACGGGACAGCCGACCAGCAGCACGACUCGGAGCAGGACGACGAGGUCCUGAGACAAACCGCGCUCCAGUACUCGUCCUACAUCCGAGCCACGGCUGGAGAAGAGAUCCGUUGCUUGGAGAAAAGCUUGGAAGAAAUGCUGACGAGAGUGGAUGAGUUUGUGGGGAUGCUUGAUAUGAUUCGUAAUGAUACGUCCCAAGUAGUAAAUGAAAAUCUUCCAAAAAUACAACAGAAGUCUGAUGAAAUGAGACAAAUCUACAGAAGAAUUGAUAAACUGGAGGCCUUUGUGAAGAUGGUUGGAACCAACGUCAGUGCAAUGGAGGAGCAGGUCACGCAGGCAGAGUCAGAACUAGGAACACUACCGAGUGCUUUCAAGAAGAUCCUCCGCACAAUGACUGCCCCAGGAUUCCUAAAUAAACAGACCAGCCCACGAAGACCAGCCCCAAAUCAGCGCCAAGAGGUCCCCAGCGUGUUCCGGACAGAUGACUAUUUCUCAUCACAGCCUGAACAGUGACAGAACUGCAGAAUGCAAGCCUGGCUCUAACCUCAGAGGCCUGUUUAGUGAAACCGUGCUGACAACUGCCAUCCCUCUGAGGAGGGUCCCGUCAGUGCUUGUGGCCUCAAGAAGCAAUAGUAGCUUUUUCCUGAGCAAUUCACUGGAAGACAAAGAACAAUUUACCACAGUUUUAUUGUCACUUUCUUUUUUUGAGGUGACGACAAGCUCUGAACUGUAGCAACAUGUUUUUUUAAAAGUGCCUAUAUGGAGUUUUACGCCUUUCAAGUUUGUGGAGAGAAAACUGUAUGAUGGUUAAACUUUGACAAGUCGGGAAGGAAAAAAAAAAACCUGC